AUGAGGAAUGUGAAAGUGUGGGCAAAGAAGUUGAAGCGAGGAAGCAUGCGAUGGGAACGGGAAUCAGAUGUGUUAGCCCUCCAAUGGGUUGACAACAAGCCUGUUUCCUUGCUAACAUCAAUUGAUUCCGCGAAUGACACAAUGCCUGUGACGAGAAGAACAAAGACGAGAGGUGUGUAUGACAAGGUAGAAUUAGUCCAGCCCUAUGCAUUAUAUAUAUGUAAUUAGUACAUGAAUGCAGUAGAAUAGAUAGAUCAGAUCAGAUGCUUGCAUGUCAUAAUGUAUCCCGUAAGUGUUAUAGAUGGUGGAAGACUUUAUUCUACCACUUAGUAGAUAUUGCAGUUGUUAACGGUUUUCUUCUUUUUCAGCAGCAUCGUGCUAGUGAUCCGGACAAUCCAGAUUUGCAUCGUAGGUCUACUUAUAAUAUAGUUGAUUUUAGGGAGGAG